AUGCCACCUGAUGAAGAAGAAGCACCAAACGCCAACGAUGUUGGUUGUGCUUGUCGAGAUGGUGCUGCUGCCAUUUCGCAGUUCUUGUCAUACGACCCAGAUCAAGAAACUUUGAUAUUUCGGCGCUUCGACCAGCUCGCAGCAAGAAAUCUACUGCACCUGCAAAGCGAGUUGACAGAGCUGGAAAUCAAGCAAGCAGGGUAUGACCGAAGUGCGGCUAUCAGCGACGACCAUGAGCUACAGUCCUCGACUCGUGACUGGGCCAGAAUGAGAACCAACGCGCAUACUCGGGCCGAAGAAAAGGCGCGAGUGGCACUUGGUGAUGACAUCGAGAUGAAGCUUGAGAGGUACUACAAUGCGCUGCUGCUCCGGAGCAAAGUAGCGAGGUUCGAGCGGCCCUCUGAGACGGUUCUUCAAGCGUGUCGUCUGGAGCUACUGGAAGCCGAUGGUAGACAGUCAAAAUAUGGUUGCGAUGCGGCCUACCUGUUUGGUGACGGAGGAGACCUCAUUUCGCUCGGUCAAGCUGUCGAGAAAGACACCCUGUCUAGAGUGCUGAGGCGGUACUGGCCUUUCCAGACUCGGGCUGCUACCCAAUUCGGCCAUGAUCACGAGCAAAUACUGCAUUUCGAGGAAAGGUCGCUCGCGGUGGUAAUCAACCUCAUCAGCAUUGUCAUAGCAAGCAUUCUUCUGAUCGGGUCGAUCUUGCUGCUGUACUUCGUGACGGAUCCAGAUGCUCGACUGGCGCUGGUGAUCAUGUUCAUUGUCUUGUUCGCGGCAUGCCUCGCUGGGACGACAGGAGCAAGCCGGGACAGCAUAUUUGCAGCGACGGCGGCCUACACAGCAGUACUUGUGGUCUUUGUGUCCGGCGAUUUGGGAGCAGCCAAAGCGAAAGGCGGUGGUUGA